AUGCCGGAAGUAUUUUCUGUUUUAUACACUCUGUGUCACCAACUCCCUUCCCUCUCUCCCCUUCAGAGAAAAUCCAAGAUCACUGCCUCCCGCAAGCUCCUGCUGAAGAGCCUGAUGCUGGCCAAGGCCAAGGAGUGCUGGGAGCAGGAACACGAGGAGCGCGAGGCGGAGAAGGCCCGCUACCUGGCCGAGCGCAUUCCCACGCUGCAGACCCGCGGCCUGUCCCUCAGUGCCCUUCAGGACCUGUGCCGGGACCUGCAUGCCCAGGUGGAGGUGGUGGACGAGGAGAGAUACGACAUUGAGGCCAAAUGUCUCCACAACACCCGGGAGAUUAAGGACCUGAAGCUGAAGGUGCUGGACCUCCGUGGCAAGUUCAAGCGCCCACCCCUGCGUCGGGUGCGGGUCUCGGCUGAUGCCAUGCUUCGGGCGUUGCUGGGCUCCAAGCAUAAGGUGUCCAUGGAUCUAAGGGCUAAUCUCAAGUCUGUGAAGAAGGAGGACACAGAGAAGGAGCGGCCUGUGGAGGUGGGUGACUGGAGGAAGAACGUGGAGGCCAUGUCUGGGAUGGAAGGCCGGAAGAAGAUGUUUGACGCAGCCAAGACUCCCGCCACCCAGUAGAGGCCGUCACCGCACUUCCUGCACCUCCAGCCUGAGCACCCGCCUUUGCAGAGUGUGGAAGAUCUCAGCCCGCCCCAGCAUGGCCCUCCCACCCACGCCCCCCGCCUCCA